GGGCGGGGGCGGCAGAGCGAGCUGGGUCGGGGCUGUGGGACCUGCUCUCCGCUCAGGUGCAAAGAUGGGGUGCUUCACCUUUAUCAAGGUUAUGAUGAUCCUCUUCAACCUGGCCAUCUUCCUUGGUGGCGGGACCCUCCUGGGAGUUGGCAUCUGGGUCUCAGUGGAUGGACAGUCAUUCCUGGACAUUUUUGGGGCGCUCUCCUCCAGCGUCCUGCAGGUUGUGAAUGUGAGCUAUUUCCUCAUCGUCAUUGGUGCCAUCCUGUUGGUGAUCGGCUUCCUCGGGUGCUGCGGUGCCCAGAAGGAGAGCAAGUGUCUCCUGAUGAUGUUCUUCUCAGUGGUGCUGAUCAUCUUCAUUGCUGAAGUUGCUGCUGCUGUGGUGGCUCUGGUCUACACAGGUCUUGCAGAGACACUGCUGACAGCCGUGGUGACCCCUAUCCUGAAGGAAAAGUAUGGGUCAGAUAAGAGUCUCACACACAUCUGGAAUGUCACCAUGAAGGAGGUCCAUUGCUGUGGCCUGAAUAACUACACAGACUUCACUGACUCACCCUGGUAUAAGGAACAUGAAACCUACCCGGCGCCCUGCUGUAAGGAUGAACAGCCCUGCAACGAAACACUCGCCGCAGAAAUGGCUGUCACGGGUUGUUUUGAACAGAUCUUGGAAGAAAUCAGGACUAACGCAGGAGUGGUGGGUGGCGUGGCAGCUGGCAUUGCUGCCUUGGAGAUCGCGGCCAUGGCGGUGUCCAUGUACCUCUACUGCCACCUGGACCAGAAAUGACCCCACGAGGCAGGAGGAUGAUUUGCCCCCCCCAUCAUGCCGGGGUGCACCCAUGGCUUUCGGCGUGAGGGGACCCCAUCGCUCCCUGGACCUGUUGCUGUCCUAUGCACUGUGAAUUAUAGCUGGAUUUUGAUCUACUGAGCUGGGAUCUGUAGAGUUUAUGUGUAUAUUUUUGUACCGAUAAGGCACGCUGAGUCUGUAUAUAGAGAUUUGAGGGGGGUGGGUUGAAGGGGGCAGAGGCAGAAGCUGCUUGGUCUGUCUGGGACAUAAUGCAGCACAGGGGCUGAUCAGGGCUGCUGAUCCAGCAGUGGCACUGCGAUGUCUUGAUUAAACCCUUGCAGGCGCGUCCUGCACCUCUCCCCUGCUGUCCCCAAGGUGUCCCUAUGCAGGGGGCUGGCAGGGCAGGGGGCUGGCAUCGGGGCUGCCCCGUGCCUUCUUGCAUUGCUCCAUGGAUCUGGGGCUGGUGGCCAGCCAGGGCGUUGUAGGUGGUAACUACACCCUCACAUGUGGAUGUAUCUACCCCUACACUCCCUUUUUUGCCAGCUGUCACCGUGUUGUCCCCUAAAAGAGGCGCUGGAUGGUCUCUGCCCUGCCCUGGCAUGAAGAGAGCCCUGUUGGUCCCUGGCCCCGCGGUGGCCGGAGCUGCCCCAUACCCCUUGUCAUUUCAUGGCUGAGCCCCUCUCCAUGCUGUAAAGAGAAACAAAUAAAUUUUUCAUCUUGGAUACAAA